AUGAAUUAGAACUACUUAUAUUAACCUAAGCUUUGUUAAAAUAAUCCGUAGCAUUCAAAUUAGUCUAAAUAAGAAUACCACUAAAACAAUACUAAAAUGUUUGUAUGUUAUGACUUGGUAAAAAAAGAAUUGAUACCAUUAAAAUUUGCAAAGUACACAGCCAAAAUUUUACCUGGAUUUUGUAUUGUAGAAUUAGAAGUAACAUAUUCUACUGAUAAUCAAACUAAACCAAUAGAACUGGAAAGUUUAUUUUCAAUUAAUGAAAAAGCCGCUGUUACAAAAAUGGUUGUAGAAUUAGGAGAAACUAAAGUUAAUUGUGUAAUAAAGGAAGAGGAGAAAGCUAAAUAAGAAUAUAAGGAAGGUCUAAAGCAAGGGAAGACUAUGGCUUAUAGUCAUUAGGAUUCAAAAUUCCCAUAAAUAAAGAGAGUGAAAAUAGGAUAACUUGCACCAAAUAAAUUAUUGAAAAUUACUUUUGAAUAUAUACACCCUCUAGAGGUAUUUCUUAAUAAAUUUUGGAAAUUCGAACUAUUUCCAGUUAUCGAUUAAAAUUAUGUACAUUUUGAUUACUAAAAAAUGAUUGGCAUUCAUGAUGAAGAACUGCAUAACUAUUUAAAUCAAUUAUUUAAGAUUAAUAAUUUCAGGUUUGAAUUUAGAUAAGAAAUUUAAGUGGAAAUAAAUUUUGAAUACCCAAUUACAUUUUGGAAAUCUCCUACUCAUAAACUUUAAUCAACAAAUGCUAAAAAUAACUCAGGUUUUCAAACAGAGGGAAAUUAAAAAAAAAUAAUACUUUAAUUAUAAGAUAUUCCUGAGAACUAUGAACCAACCAAAUAGUUUACUUUACUUUUUUCUUCAGAUGAAAUUAAUUUACCUCGUGCUAUCUUGAGUCAUACUGAUAAUGAUGCAUUACAAUAUUAAAAAUAUUGUGCUACAUUAACCUUCAUUCCAAAAUUUAAUGAAGUUUCAUUAGACGAUGCUUAUACAUAAUAUUUAGAUGGUUUAAGUAUGGCUGACAAUUAAGUAAUUAAUAGAGGCAACUACUUAUUCAUAAUUGAUCGAAGUGGAUCCAUGAGUGGAUCUAGGAUCAAAAAAGCUAAAUAAGCUCUAAUUCUUUUUCUGAAAAGUUUACCCUAAGAUUCUGUGUUUAACAUAAUUUCAUUUGGUACUAAUUUUUCAUCGUUGUAUAAAGUCUCCAAACAAUAUUCUCAAACAUUAUUAGAAGAGGCAAUUAUACAUGUUGAAAAAAUGUAGGCUGACAUGGGAGGAACUGAAAUACUGACUCCAUUAAAGAAGAUGGUUUACAAUGAAAGUUAUGGCACAUCCAAAAAUACAACUUUGAAUGUAUUUUUGCUUACUGAUGGAUAGGAUGAUGCUGAUCCAAUUAUUAAAUUGGUUUAAUCUAAUAAUCAAGCGCAAACAAGAAUCUACACAUUAGGAAUAGGUAUAGGUUGUAGUUAAUACUUGAUCAAAAGUGUGGCUGAAGUAGGAAAUGGCAAAUAUCAAAUUGUUAGCGAUAAGGAAGAUAUAAAUGAGAAAGUAAUUGACCUAUUAGAAGAUUCAUUAACACCGUAUUUACAAGCAUUUACAUUAGAAUCAAAUGUAGUUAAUGUAGCUUCCAUUAUUCCCAAUCCAGAAUCAAUAGUUUGUUUAAAGAAAAAUUAAGAACUUACAAUCUAAGUUCUGUUUCCAAAGGAAUAAUAAUAUGAAAAUCUAGAAUUUAAGAUAAAUUGUUUUGAUCCCUAAAAUUAAAAAAAAAUACAAUAUUCUGUAAGUUUAAGCCUGAAUUAAUCUUAAAACAAUGAAUAUUUUCAUAAAUUAGCAGCCUAUAAAUUAAUAACUUAUUAUGAAAACUCAAUAAAAUAUAAUUAACAACAAUUGAAUUUUAUCAAACUUAAUAAGGAGAAUCUUGAUUAAAAAGAUAUUAUUGAUUUAUCUGUUUAAAAUCAAAUUCUAUGUUCAAAAACAGCAUUUGUAAGCAACCUUUGUGAUUUAGAGGAUUAAUUUUAAUAAUAAGUUCAAUCUUAGCGAGAUCAAUUUGAUAUUGAAAUAGAUUUGAUUUUAAAAAAAUCCUAAUAGAUGUUAAACGACUGUGAACUUUUGUGUCAGACUCUUAAAUGCACGAAUAGUGAAACUAAUAAAAAGAGCAAAAGCUCAGCAAGUUGUUGUGGAGGUGGAGGCUCUUAAAAGAACUAUGACAGAUUCAGCUAAAUAUCUUACAUUCCUGAAAAAUAAUAACAAUAAACCUAAUUCACUCAAAUAUAAUUAUAAUAAUAACAGUAAAAAAAAAUAAACAUAAAAUAGGCAGGCAAAAUAGAUAAUGAUAACCUUACUUAUGAAAAAUUAAUUGCAUUUGCUUUAGCAGACGGUAGUUUUAGAAUCGAUCAAGAAAUGCAAUAAAUAAUCAAUUAUAAAAAUUUGAAAAAUCAUUAAAAUCUAAAAGCUGAUGUUUGGAAUACUUUCCUAGCGUUAUUAUACUUAGAAAAUUAUUUUAGCCAAUUUAAAAAAUCAUGGUAGUUGGUUUAUUAAAAAGGUAUAUCAUAUCUAAAGCAAGGUGGUAUAGAUUAUAAAUAAAAGAAGAUUGAAUAUUUAAUUAUAUGA